AUGUUGAAAGUCAAAACCGAAUCCAAAGCUUUAAAAGAUCUUUGUUUAUGUUUAAAUUUAUUCCAAUUACUUAUUACUUCACCAACAAGGGUAACCGCUGAGGACAAGCUUCCUCACGCUGAGGACAAGGUACCUCACGCUGAGGACAAGGUUCAUCACGCAGAGGACAAGGUUCAUCACGCUGAGGACAAGGUUCCUGACGCUGAGGACAAGGUUCCUCACGCUGAGGACAAGGUUCCUCACGCGGAGGACAAGGUUCCUUAAGCUGAGAACAAGGUUCUUCACGCUGAGGACAAAGUUUCUCAAGCUGCGGACAAGGUUCUUCACCCUGAGGACAAGUUCCUUGACGCUGAGGACAAGGUUCUUGACGCUGAGGACAAGGUUUCUCACCCUGAGGACAAGGUUCCUCACGCUAAGCACAAGGUUCCUCACGGUGAGGACAAGGUUCCUCACGCUCAGCAGGAUGUUCCUCACGCUGAGAACAAGGUUCUACACGCUGACGAUAAGGUUCCCCACACUGAGGACAAGGUUCCUCACGCUGAGGAGGAGGUUCCUCAAGCUGAGACAAGGUUCGUCACGCUGAGGACUAGGUUCUUCACGCUGAGGACAAGGUUCUUCACCCUGAGGACAAGGUUCCUCACGCUGAGUACAAGGUUCUUCACGCUGAGGUCAAGGCUCUUCAACUUAGAACAAGGUUCGUCACGCUGAGGACAAGGUUCCUCACGCUGAGGUCAAGGUUCCUCAUGCCGAGGACAAGGUUCUUCACGGGGACGACAAGGUUCUUCACACCGAGGACAAGGUUCCCCACGCUGAGGACAAUGUUCCUCACGCUGAGAACAAGGUUCCUGAUUCUGAGGACAAGGUUCCUCACGCUGAGGACAAGGUUCUUCACGCUGAGAACAAGGAACUUCGGGCUGAGAGCAAGGUUCCUCACGCUGAGGACCAGGUUCCCACGCUUAGGACAAGGUUCUUGACGCUGAGGACAAGGUUCUUCACGCUGAGGACAAGGUUCUUCACGCUGAGGACAAGGUUCCUCACGCGGAGCACAAGGUUCUUCACGCUGAGGACAAGGUUCUUCACGCUGAGGACAAGGUUCUUCACGCUGAGGACAAGGUUCUUCACGCUGAGGACAAGGAUCUUCACGCUGAGAACAAGGUUCCUUGUGCUGAGGACAAGGUUCCUCACGCUGAGGACAAGGUUCCUCACGCUGAGGAGAAGAAUCGUCACGCUGAGGACAAGGUUCUUCACGCCGAGGACAAGGUUCCUCACGCUGAUGACAAGUUUCUUCAACUUAGAACAAGGUUCCUCAAGCGGAGGAGAAGGAUCUUUACGCCGAGGGCAAGGUUCCUCAGGCUGAGGGCAAGAUCCUUCUAGCUGAGGACAAGGCUCCGCACGCUGAGGACAAGGUACCUCACGCUGAGGACAAGGUUCUUCACGCUGAGAACAAGGUUCCUUGUGCUGAGGACAAGGUUCCUCACACUGGGGACAAGGUUCCCACGCUGAGGACAAGGUGCUUAACGCUGAGGAGAAGGUUCUUCACGCUGAGGACAAGGUUCUUCACGCUGAUGACAAGGUUCUUCACAAGGCAGACAAGGUUCUUCACGCUGAGGAGAAGGUUCCUCUCGCUGAGAACAAGGUUCCUCACGCUGAGAACAAGGUUCUUCACGCCUGGGACUAUGUUCCUCACGCUGAGAACAAGGUUCCUCACGCGGAGAACAAGGUUCCUCAUGCUGAGGACAACGUUCGUCAUGCUUAGGACAAGGUUCCUCACGCUGAAGACAAGGUUGCUCACGCUGAGGACAAGGUUCGUCAAGCUGAGAUCAAGGUUCCUCACGCUGAGGACAAGGUUCGUCAGGCUGAGGAUAUGGUUCCUCACGCUGAGAAUAAUGUUCUUCACGCUGAGGACAAGGUUCAUCACGCCGGGGACAAGGUCCUCGCGCCGAGGACAAGGUUUCUCACGCUGAGGACAAGGUUGCUCACGCUGAGGACAAGGUUCCUCAGGCUGAGGACAAGGUUCUCGAAGCCGGCGACGAUGUUUCUCACGCUGAGAACAAGGUUCCUCACGCGGAGGACAAGGUUCCUCACUCUGAGGGCAAGGUUACUAACGCAGAGGACAAGGUUCUUCACGUUGACGACGAGGUUCCUCAUGCUGAGGACAAGGUUCUUCACGCCGCGGACAAGAUUCCUCACGCUUAGAACAAGGUUCCCCAUGCGCAGGAGAAGGUUCCUCACGCUGAGGGCAAGGUUACUUACGCUGAGGACAAGGUUCUUUUUUUUUAAUAAUAAUGGUAUUUUAAUAACACAUCAUCGCAUGAAAAUGAAUUACAAUGUGUUUUACAAUUGAUUUGAAUGGGAAUUACAAUACUAAAAGUAACUAUAUUACAAUGUAUCAUUAGAUUAUUAAAUAAGAACUUAUAACUAAGAACAAUUAUUUGUUCUAUCAGUUCUACAUUUAAAAGAAGCGAAUUGUUUAAAAUUCCUUAAAUUAUACAGAUGUUCGUUUUCACUGGUGAGAGUUAGAUGGGAAGAAAGACGACUGCCAAUGCAAUAUUUUUUAUCGUCUUUUCGCAAAGUUCUCCUCGACGUAUAUCCAUGCAACCUAGGACACUGCAACAUUUCUUGCGCUUCACCGUAGGAUCGACCUGGCAGUAUAAUCCUCAAUGCACGUUUUUGAAUUUUCUCGACUUGUUCAGACAGAUACAUAGGUAGACCACAAUGCCAUACUGUACAACAAUAUUCUAAUGUAGAUCUAAUCAGUCCAUAAUAAAUUGUGAUAAGGUCGUGCGGUGGAAUCCCUCCCCGUCGUAGGACACGUAGGAUAUGCAGUCGCUUGGAUGCUUUGGUAACAAUCAUCGAAAUAUGUUCGUUCCACUUAAGGUCAUCCUGGAUAAUCAAUCCAAGAACCUUGUGCGACGAUACACAUUCUAAGAUCUGGUCUUCAACACAGAAGUGUGGUAGUUCAGGUUUGUUCCGAAAGAAACAAAUUUGCAUCUCUUUGCAUUUCUUUGCGUUCAAUUUCAUCAGGUUAUUAGAUGCCCAUGUAGCUACUUCGUACCUUGGGGGACACCGGCUGUGACAGGAAGCCAACAAGAAACAGCUUCCGCAAGUUUGACCCGCUGUCUUCGCCCUGAUAGAAAGUUUACGAUCCAUGGUAUUAACGAUCGCCUAACGCCAAUAUCAACAAGUUUUUGGAUAAGAAUGUUAUGGCCAAUACGGUCGAAGGCCUUUGAAAAAUCCAAAAAGCAUAUGCGAAGAAAAUGACCAGUUGAAUCCAAAUGGGAAAGCCAACAAUGCAACAUGUCGAGCAAGCAAUAGGUCGUGGAUGAACCCUUUAAAGAACCGAACUGUUGUGCGUCAAUAUUAUUCCUAACGUCAGAGAUCAUCCAUCUAACGACAAAAUCUUCGAGAACUUUAGAAAGGCAUGGCGUUAGUGAAAUGGGUCUUGUGUCACCCUCGUCAGUUGGUUGUUUAACUUUUGGAAUGGGAGUAAUAUGUGAGACUUUCCAUAUAUUUGGAACAAUCCCGGACGCAACUGACAUCUUGAAGAUUUUCGCAACUGGUUCAGCGAAAAAGUGCGCAAAUUCCUUCAAAAGGCGACCUGGAAUAUUAUCAGGACCACAUGUUUUGGAGGCAUUAACAACCAAUAAUUUCUCACAGACUUCGUGCGGUUCGAUGUAAGGCACUUGAUCAACAGCAGGUAAGUAUGCUGGUAACGUGCUUAUAUCUAGUGGUGAAAUGUCGGCGUUAACCGAGAUGUAAAACUUGUUCAAGUUAUUGGCCAGUUCUUCACGCAGAGGACAAGGUUACUCACGCUGAGGACAAAGUUGCUCACACUGAGGACAAGGUUCCUCACGCUGAGAACAAUGUUCCUCAUCCUGAGGACAAGGUUCCUCACGCUGAGGACAAGGUUCCUCACGCUGAGGAGACGGUUCCUCAAGCUAAAAACAAGGUUCCUCACGCUGAAGACAAGGUUCCUCACGCUGAGAUCAAGGUUCCUCACGCUGAGGACAAGGUUCUUCACGCCGAGGACAAGGUUCCUCACGCUGAGGACAAGGUUCCUCACGCUGAGGACAAGGUUCCUCAGGCUGAGGACAAGGUUCUUCACGCCGGCGACAAUGUUUCUCACGCUGAGAACAAGGUUCCUCACGCGGAAGAGAAGGUUCCUCACUCUGAGGGCAAGGUUACUAACGCAGAGGACAAGGUACUUCACGCUGAGGACAAGGUUCUUCACGUUGAGGACAAGGUUCCUCAUGCUGAGGACAAGGUUCUUCACGCCGCGGACAAGGUUCCUCACGCUUUGAACAAGGUUCCUCAAGCGCAGGACAAGGUUCCUCACGCUGAGGGCAACGUUACUCACGCUGAGCACAAGGUUCUUCACGCUGAGAACAAGGUUCUUCACGCUGAGGACAAGGUUCUUCACGCUGAGGAGAAGGUUCUUCACGCUGAGGAAAAGGAUCUUCCCGCAGAGAACAAGGUUCCUUGUACUGAGGACAAGGUUCCUCACGCUGAGGACAAGGUUCCUCACGCUGAGGAGAAGAAUCGUCACGCUGAGGACAAGGUUCUUCACGCCGAGGACAAGGUUCCUCACGCUGAUGACAAGGUUCUUCAACUUAGAACAAGGUUCCUCACGCGGAGGAGAAGGUUCUUUACGCCGAGGAGAAGGUUCCUCAGGCUGAGGACAAGAUUCUUCUAGCUGAGGACAAGGUUCCUCACGCUGAGGACAAGGAACCUCACGCUGAGGACAUGGUUCAUCACGCUGAGAACAAGGUUCCUUGUGCUGAGGACAAGGUUCCUCACGCUGAGGACAAGGAUCCCACGCUGAGGACAAGGUCUACGCUGAGAAAGGUUCUCAGCUGAGGACAAGGUUCUUCACGCGAGGACAAGGUUCUCACGGACAAGGUUCUCACGCUGAGGACAGGUUCCUCCGCUGAGACAAGGUUCCUCAGGCUGAGAACAAGGUUCUUCACGCCUGGGACUAUGUUCCUCACGCUGAGAAGAAGGUUCCUCACGCGGAGAACAAGGUUCCUCAUGCUGAGGACAACGUUCGUCAUGCUUAGGACAAGGUUCUAAACGCUGAAGACAAUAUUGCUCACGCUGAGGACAAGGUUCGUCAAGCUGAGAUCGAGGUUCCUCACGCUGAGGACAAGGUUCGUCAGGCUGAGGAUAUGGUUCCUCACGCAGAGAAUAAUGUUCUUCACGCUGAGGACAAGGUUCAUCACGCCGGGGACAAGGUUCCUCACGCCGAGGACAAGGUUUCUCAAGCUGAGGACAAGGUUCCUCACGCUGAGGACAAGGCUCGUCAGGCUGAGGACAAGGUUCUUGAAGCCGGCGACGAUGUCUCUCACGCUGAGAACAAGGUCCCUCACGCUGAGGACAGGGUUCUUCACGCUGAGGAGAAGAUCCCUCACGCUGAGGACAAGGUACCUCACGCUGAGGACAAGGUUCUUCACGCUGAGGACAAGGAUAUUCCCGCUGAAAACAAGGUUUUCAACUUAUAACAUGGUUCCUCACGCUGACGACAAGGUUCCUCACGCAGAGGACAAGGUUCUUCAUGCUGAGGACCAGGUUCCUCAACUUAGACCAAGGUUCCUCACGCUGAGGACAUGGUUUCUCACGCUGAGGACAAGGUUGCUCAUACUGAAGAAAAGGUACCUCACGCUCAGGAAAAGUUCCUCACGCUAAGAAAGAGGUUCCGCAUGCUGAGAGCAAGGUUCCUCACGGUGAGGGCAAGGUUCCCACGCUGAGGACAAGGUUCUUCACGCUGAGGACAAGGUUCCUCAACUUAUAACCCGGUUCCUCACGCGGAGAACAAGGUUCUUCACGCUGAGGACAAGGUCCCUCACGCUGAGGACCAGGUUCCUCAACUUAGAACAAGAUUCCUCACGCUGAGGACAUGAUUCUUCACGCUGAGGAAAAGAUCCCUCACGCUGACGACAAGGUUCCUCACGCUGAGGACAAGGUUCUUCACGCUGAGGACAAGGAUAUUCCCGCUGAGAACAAGGUUCCUCAACUUAUACCAUGGUUCCUCACGCUGAGGACAAGGUUCCUCACGCUGAGGACAAGGUUCUUCAUGCUGAGGACCAGGUUCCUCAACUUAGACCAAGGUUCCUCAUGCUGAGGACAUGGUUUCUCACGCUGAGGACAAGGUUGCUCGUACUGAAGACAAGGUACCUCACGCUAAGGAAAAGUUCCUCACGCUGAGAAACAGGUUCCGCAUGCUGAGAGGAAGUUUCCUCACGGUGAGGGCAAGGUUUCCACGCUGAGGACAAGGUUCUUCACCCUGAGGACAAGGUUCUUCACCCUGAUAACAAGGUUCUUCACGCUGAAAAUAAGGUUCUUCACGAUGAGGACAAGGUUCUUCCGCUGAGGACAAGGUUCUUCACGCUGAAGACAAAGCUCCUCACGCUGAGGACAGGGUUCUUCACGCUGUGAACAAGGUACUUCACGCCGAGGACAAGUUUCCUCACGCUGAGGACAAGGUUCUUCACGCUGAGGACAAGGUUCUUCACGCUGAGGGCAAGGCUAUUCCCGCUGAGAACAGGGUUCGUCAACUUAGAACCAGGUUCUUUACUCUGAGGACAAGGUUCCUCACGCUGAGGUCAAGGUUCCUCACGCUGAGGACAGGGAUCUUCACGCUGAGGACAAGGUCCUUCACCCAGAAGACAAGGGUCCUCACGCUGAUGACAAGGUUCCUCACGCUAAGGACAAGGUUCUUCACGCUGAGAACAAGGUUCUUCAAGCCAAGGACAAGGUUCGUCAAGGUGAGGACAAGGUUCUUCACGCAUAGGACAAGGUUCUUCACGCUGAGGACAAGGUUGUUCACGCUGAGGACAAGGCUCCUCACGCUGCGGACAAGGAUCUUCACGCUGAGGACAAGGUUGCUCAACUUAGAACAAGGUUCCUCACGAUGAGGACAAGGUUCUUCAAGCUGAGGACAAGGUUUCUUACACUCAGGACAAGGUACCUCACGCUAAGGAAAAGUUCCUCACGCUGAGAACAAGGUUCAGCAUUCUGAGAACAAGGUUCCUCACGGUGAGGACAUGGUUCCCACGCUGAGGACAAGGAACGGAAGAUUCUUCAUGCCGAGAACAAGGUUUCUCACGCUGAGUACAAGGUUCUUCACGCUGAGGACAAGGUUCUUCACGCCGUGGAUAAGGUUCGUCACGUUGAGGACAACGUUCUUCACGCUGAGGACAAGGUUCUUCACUCUGAAGACAAGGCUCCUCACGCUGAGGACAGGGUUCUUCACGCUGAGAACAAGGUUCUUCACGCCGAGAACAAGGUUGCUCACGUUGAGGACAAGGUUCCUCACGCUGAGGGCAAGAUUCUGCACGCUGAGGACUAG